CGCGUCCCCUUCCCCAACAGUAACGUCCCGGCCAUGAGCUCCCCGGUGGCGUCUCCUCCUUCGCCUGCAGCGCUGCGCCAGAUCCCGGUCGUGUGUCCGGGUCACUCUCGUCCCCUGGCAGAGCUGCACUACAGUCGCAGUAAUCUUCUGAUCUCGGCAUGUCACGACAAGCUGCCAAUGUUGCGGCACGGCGGCUCUGGUGACUGGAUCGGCACGUUCGAAGGCCACAAGGGCGCAGUGUGGAGCGCUAAACUGGACAACGAGGCCGAGUUCGCAGCUACAGGCAGUGCCGACUUCUCGGUCAAAAUCUGGGACGCGCUCACGGGCGACGUGGUAACGACACUGGAGCACAAGCACGUGGUCAAGAGUGUGGCCUUCACGUCGGACGGCGCACGACUGUUAACUGCGGGUCAUGAGAAGCUUCUCCGAGUUUUCGAUGUACAGGGCGUCAAAAAACAGCUGCAGACCUACAAGGCUGAAGGACGCACGGGCAUCGUAGUGCUGCCGCCUCCGCCACUCGCAGAGAUGCCUACAGUCCAGCAGAUUCGCAAGGUUGUUGUUCUCAGUGACCGACUGGCAGCUACGGGCGAGGUGGACGGUACAGUAACCAUUUGGGACCUGCACGCGUACACCCAGACGCGACAGUUGAAGGUGGACGCAGACGUUAUGGACAUGGAGGCGUCCAGGGACGGACAGGUGCUUACGGUCGCGGCCGGCAAACAGGUGUAUUUCUACGACGUGAAGAAUGAUUUCGCAUUGUUGAAUUCGUUCCCGAUGCCCAUUUCUUUCGCAGAAGAAGGAGGCGCGUCGCUCCAUCCAACGGAGAGCAAGUUUGUGGCCGGUGGCUCAGACACAUGGGUGCGUGUGUUCGAUUUCAAGACAGGAGAGCUACUGGAGACGCAUAAGGGACACCACGGACCGGUGAGAUGUCUGCGUUACUCGCCGUCGGGCGACUCGUUCGCGACGGGUUCGGAAGACGGCACGAUCCGCAUCUGGCAGAAUGACUCUAAGUCUGCGGCUGCUACGUCCGUUGCGGACACGGCCACGAAUUCGAGUUAAAAAAAAGCAACGCAAUCUUCUGGUCUGGUGUACUCGAUAGAUAUGCAACUACAGCAACUUAGAGGAGAUGGCAACAGAGCAACAGAAAAAAAAACUGAAAAAUAAAAUGUGAAAAAAGCG